AUGUCCGAAGCAGCGAUCCCGAGCGUAUCAGGUAUGACCUUGUCCAGGUCGAAUUCACCACUACUUGAUACUUCCUCAACAUCAAUGAUGGCGUCAUCGUCCAGACCAAUAUCACAAUCAAGAUCACCAAGAACUUCAUCAUCUCCAUCGUUGCUCGAUACAUCCACCCUAACGGACUCAUCUGAUGGAAUGAGAUCAUCAACAUCCUCGAGUCUAUUGUCUCCCGUCACACCACAGCUGCAAUCGCCUUUACUCAGAUCACCAACUGAGAUAAUACAAAAAGUACUCGUAACCUCAGGAGGGGACGAUGUAUCUACCAUCGCUAUAGCAUCGCAAGUAUGCAAAGAACUUAGAUCGUUCAUAUACGAAAACACCGACCAAGCUUUAUGGCGACAGAUAUUUCUUCAACAUUACGACGAUCCACGCUCGUCAGGAUCCUUCACUGAAGCUAAAUCAUCAACAGAUAUAGAUUGGAAAAAGAAAGUACAAGAUAGAGAAUCCGUCGGGAGGAUGUUCAAGGAUUGGUGGGAUGAUAAAUUUGAUGAAGCUGCUGGACAUAUGGAUCUAAUAGCAUCAACACUAUUAGAUAUGUUUUUAGAUCUACCACCAAGCGAGACGAAUCUCGAUCCAAGUGUGAAUGAUGAACCAUCCAAUUCAACUCUGUUAUCAACAUGGCUUCGAUCAUCACUCUUCUCGCACCUAUACAGGAAUUGUUCACUAUCUGAAACCGAACCUUCUCUCAGACCUUUGUCAGGUCAAUCUGGUAAUCCACGUCGAAGGUCAACAAAGAAGGUAUUAAAUCCAACUAUAUCAAGGUUACAUUGUUUAUUACCACCUGAAUAUAAUGAAGACUUUAAAGCUGAUAGAGAAUGGAGAGGUUAUGUAAGAGAAGUAGUUUAUAGUAUUAAAAAUUAUCAAAAGAGGAAUGAUUGGGGUCCUUUUACGGAAGAAGGAAAAGUAGAUUGGACGUUAGUAGACGCUGUCAGUUCUGUUAUGAUGGCAAAUGCAAAGGAUGUUAUUCAACAUGUCGAUAACUCAUGGCGAUCAGCCGUUGAACCCAUGUCAUAUGGUGUUGAGCCCACUCGGGGAUGGGGGUUCAAUGAUCUCAGAAGACCGGAUGAUUUAGCCGAAGGUGAAGUCUGGGACUGGGCGGGAGUGGAAGGACCUUGGUGUGGAUACUACGCUUUCAUGGAUUACGCAGACUGGGUAAUCCUGAAUCAGCCCCGUCUGAUAUUCUUAAAUCGACAGUCAUCGGAUCUGGACUUAUCGACAUAUCAUGAAGCAGUUGGGGAUCUGAUGCGAUUGGAUCUGAAGAUAACUCAAGAUCCAUCCAAAAUCGCUACUAUCUGUCCUGCUCAUAGGAUGCAUUCAAGUUCUGAUCAUUUACCUCCUAUCGAGACCACCAUACCUACCUCUGAUCUAUUACCGCCAAUAUAUUUCCAUGGUGCCUCGAUACAGCAUCAAAAUGAAGGUGUACAAGAAGAUGCAAUGCCUUCGAGCGCUGUCAGGGGUGUAGUCAGAUUAACGGCUGAUAAUCCGCCUCAAGUUAGAUGGACAAUGAUCAUACGUUAUAGUGGAGAAGAUCGAUGGAGACUUGAAUGCGUCCAAGUGGGAGGUAGAGGUUCAAAACGUGGUUUCUUCGGAGUUUGGAUGGAUGCUUCCAAAGGAGAACAUUCUCCGUGUGGUCCUGCUUGGUAUUGGAAGUCAUGA